UGGGCUGGGACAAGCAUCCAGAGCAGGAUCCUCAUCCUACAGCCACCCCAUGUGAGUGCUGGAGCAGGGACAAGCAAGGAUAGCAAGGUUGUUGUCACCUACAUAUCCCAAUGGCCUGCACCCCGUAUUGCUGCCUGUCCAACCAGGCCUGAGGGGCUCCCGCUCCUGCCCUAGGCUGGCACACCAUCAACUGGCUCUGCUGCCACUGCUGGAGUACCAUCUCUGCUGCACUUCAAAGACUGCAGCGUGUCAUUUGUCAUUGCACAAUCAUGGAAUGUUGGAAGGGGCCUUAAAGAUCGGUUUUUACGUCCCCUGAUGUAGGGGGGACACCUUCCACUAGACCAGGUUGCUCCAAGCCUGUCCAUCCUGACCUUGGACAUUUCCAGGGAUGGGAUAUUCUCAGUACCAAAAUACUCCAGUAUGUGGAGUACUGCAGAAUAAGAACUAUUCCUGUAUACUGGAAUUCCACGUAUAGUGGAACGUUCCAAUGCAUGGAGUAUAAAGAUUAUUCCCCCAGGGAUCUUGCUGCUGGAUCAACUUUGGGAAAAACGGAGCUUGUGGCACACGGUACCCCUGCCCCUGAGGAUUCCCUGCCUCAGCUAUCUCGAUGGCAAAGCCCCAUCCCAGGCCCUGUGCCUCAGCACCCCGGGCUCCCCAUGGCUGCGAGCUGUGCGUCCUGGAGCGCCCCGAUGUGCACCUCCCCCGCUCCUGCAGCCGUGGUUCUCGGCUAUAUUUAGCCCUCCCCUGUGCUAUUUUGCUUUCCUGGCAGGAGUUUGUAACUGGCCGGGACAGCCCCACCUCCUUUCUGCUUCUCUCCCUUCCCUUCUCUUCCCUUCCCGUCCCUUUCCCCCUUUUCCCCUCCUCUCUGCUCCCGCCCACCCCGCUGCCCAGGACCCCCAUGUCAGUAGUACCCAGCUGUGCUUGCAGCCAGCGUCCUGCUCUGCUGGAGCCCCCACCAUGGGGCCUGCUGAGGAGCUGGUCCGGAUUGCCAAGAAAUUGGAUAAGAUGGUGGCCAGGAAAAGCACGGAAGGGGCACUGGAUCUGCUCAAGUCUCUUACCAGCUACACCAUGACCAUCCAGCUGCUCCAGACCACACGGAUUGGAGUGGCUGUGAACUCAGUGCGGAAACACUGCUCAGAUGAAGAGGUGGUGGCCUCAGCCAAAAUCCUCAUCAAAAACUGGAAGCGGCUUCUGGAGUCCACCACCACAAAAAAAGAGAAGGAUGCAGAUAAGAAGAAGGAGAAGGACACAGAUGGAGACAAGGAGAAGAAGAAAGGGCUGGAUGUUUCCAGCUGCACCAGUGAAGGGGUGAAGCACAGCAAGAAUACAGCUGAGAAGCACAGGGAGAAGCACAAGGAGAGGAAGCCCAGCAAGUGUGACUCUCACGCCACCAACACCCAGGGCCACUCUGCCGAUUCCAGCCCGGAGAGAGAGUCCAGUGAUGGCAGGAGCCCCACUGCAUCCUCCAAGAAAUCACCUCAGGAUGGCAAGAAAGAGAGGAGAGCCUCUGCUGACUCCAAGUCCUCAACCGUCUCCUCCUCUUCCUCCACACAGAAGAGACUGUCAGGGGAGAGGAGAGCCUCUGUGGGCACCAGCCUUUCUCCAGCUCCCACCAGCUCCCAGAGAAACUCCAGUGACAGCAAGGAGGAAAGAGCCAACAGCAGCAAGGUCAAGCCUGAGGUGCCGCGCACCCCCAGCAGCCCCUCCUUCUCUGCCAGCCCCUGCUUCCUGGCCCCCUGCUACCUCACAGGGGACUCGGUGCGGGACAAGUGCAUUGAGAUGCUGACGGCUGCACUGCGCAUGGACGACGACUAUAAGGAGUUCAGUGUCAACUGCGAGAAGAUGGCAUCGGAGAUUGAAGACCAUAUCUUCCAGGAGCUGAAGAGCACAGACAUGAAGUAUCGCAACCGGGUGCGGAGCAGGAUCAGCAACCUGAAGGACCCCAAGAACCCUGGUCUGCGGAGGAAUGUGCUGUGUGGGGCCAUCGAGCCCAGCCUCAUCGCCCGCAUGACUGCUGAGGAGAUGGCCAGUGAUGAGCUGAAGAAGCUGCGGAAUGCCAUGACCCAGGAGGCCAUCCGGGAGCACCAGAUGGCCAAGACAGGUGGCACCGUCACCGACCUCUUCCAGUGUGGCAAAUGCAAGAAGAAGAACUGCACGUACAACCAGGUACAGACGCGCAGUGCCGAUGAGCCCAUGACAACAUUCGUGCUGUGCAAUGAGUGUGGGAACCGCUGGAAGUUCUGCUGACGCUGCUGGUGAUUGGGCUGGAGGGAACGUGGUGCAAGACAAGCUGCUGUGACACCACAUUGGGCAGCUGGGUAGGGGAGGAGGAGUCAGGGUGGCACCAGUCCCUAAACUCCAACUCCUUUUACCUUUGCACUGGGCUCCCUCAAACAUCCUGGGGACCUGGCCUUUGGCAAUGUCAAGUUCAGUCGAGAAGGUCCCUGUGAAUUCAAUGGUUCUUCCCUGCAAAUACCUGCCCUUUGAUUGGGGUGUGCUGGGAUCCCACUGGGAACAGACUCAUUCUUGGUUUGGGGGCAGGACAGACAUUGCUCCAUGGUCAUGCAGCUUUGCCUGGGAGCUGAGAGUGGCAGAGGGCUAGGUAAUAACCCAAACACCUUCUUCCUCACCUAAGUGCACACAGAGGGAGGGGAGAGACAUGGAGGGGACAGGGUGGGUGCAGCAUGUCCAGAUGCUAUUGGGAUGCCACUGUGCCCCUCUGCUCUAUGACAAAUGGACCAUCCAGCCUGGCUUGAAGGCACCAUGUCCCAGGAAAGAAGGAAAGAUGGCAGAGCGAGGAAGAACCCUUCCAGCCAGAGUAAUAAAGGUGUGAACUGUC